GAGCGACAGUGGCGCCGUAUCUCGGUGGGUGACAUCCAUUCAUCGAUCGACGCGCCGGUGCCGCCCCUUUAAGUGUCAAAACAGACAGAGGCGAGGCCCGAAUCCUGCGACCUGCGAAGCCCCUCGCCAGGGAGAAAUUGGGGAAUCAGAAAUGGCGUCUCAGCUGCAAGGAUAUGACCCGGAGACUCAGCAGGACAUGCCGAGCCAGUACGACACUGGAAUGCAACCCCCAGGACCAAGUGGCGGGCUUUUGCAAAACCUCAAGUCAUCCAUGCAGAUCAACUUGGACAUUUUCCGAGAGCCUAGAGGCGUGAUGCGAAUUAUUCAUUUCGUGUUCUCGCUGUUUGCCAUCAUCUCGAUCUGCUCGUACGACAACGAGGUGACGUUCAGCGUCAAGUGCCCGCCGCCGGCGCCGGCCAACGUGGUCAAGUUCCCCUACGACUACCCGUUCAAGCUGGACCACCUUUCGCGGCAGGUGGCGUGCACGCACCCGGCGGACCGCUACCUGACGCUCUACGGCGACUUCAGCUCGGACGCCGAGUUCUUCGUGGCGGUGGGCGUGCUGUCGCUGCUGGGGGCGGCGGCCGCCGCCACCGGCUACGCGCUCUACGAGGCCAAGUACCAGAGCAACCCGCUCAUCCCUCUGGCAGACUUUGGCGGCACGGCGCUGCUCGCCCUGCUCUGGCUCUCGGCCAGCGCCGCCUGGGCCAACGGCCUCUCGGGCAUCAAGCACUCCACCGACCCUGGCAUCCUCAUGCGCACCGUCCAGUGCGCCAAGGACGACUUCUGCACCACGGUCACCACCGGAAGCUUCUCUGGGCUCAACACCUCUGUUAUUCUAGGGUUUUUGAACUUCUUCCUGUGGACCGCUGACCUGUGGUUCGUCUACAAGGAGACGCCGUGGUUCAAAAUGCGCCAACAGCCGCUGGAUCAGCAGAUAAACUGAAGGGGGAAAAAAGAGUAGGCAGGACUGACUAGCAAUAAUAAUUACUCGGUAUUCCAAACAUCUUAUCCGACGCACAAAUAGGUAGAAAAUUUUAUUUCUCUGCACCGAAUCUUAAAAAUAAUCAAUCUGACGAUACUCCUAACAAUGUUUAACGAAAAACUGCGAGAAGCAAGAAGAGAUGUUUGGUUUUCCUCGUCUAUAGAAGAGCAUCAUUCUUCCUCGAAUUCAGAUUAGUUGUUAAAAUUCCGUUUCGGCGCAGCUUAAACGGCCGCGAGAGGAAAUGAUUAUGAACGGCACAGCUGUUGCGCGUGUCGGGUUACGAUUAUUGCUAAGUUGAGCUUUUUUUGCGUUUCUUGUGUUAGACUGCUGUCGAUAUGUAUACAUAUUAUGAUUUGGAUCGUCCUCGAAUGAGCAAUUAACAUUCCGAGCGAGAGCGUAUAAAUUAAUUGAUAGAACGAAGAAGGGAGUGGAAAGAAAUAGCUCCCCAUAAUUAUCUGCAUGAAAUGCCCAUUGUCUGACCUUGUCGGAACCUCUCUCAUUGAGCAGCGGAAACGCGCACAUCCAUGUGCACAUACACACUCAUCUCACUACAAAUAUUGUGUCAAUUGCAAGAGCAUUAUUUUCAAUGAUCUAUUUUUCGUAUUUAAUUUUAUUCAUUGUUCUGUUGGCAAAAUAAAAAGAGUCAAUUAAAAACAACACUUCUAAUAGUUAAUUCCAAAA